AGUUCCGCCUUCGGGCCGGAGCGCUUCCUGUUUGGUAACUAAGGACGCGGGACGGUUGCUAGGGCUCCCGUGGCAAUUGCCGCCGCGCUGUGCAGGUGCCUGGGCUCCACGCGGGUGCUGGCCACCCGCUGUCCGGGAAGGCGGAUCUCUGCUCUGCACCUUUACCCGUUCGCAGUCAUGAGUAGUGAAUUCCUGGCUGAGCUGCGUUGGGAGGAUGGGUUCGCCAUCCCGGUGGCGAACGAGGAGAACAAGGUGCUGGAAGAUCAGUUGUCAAAGCUGAAGAAUGAAAGAACAAGCUUGCAAGGUCAGUUACGUGAUUAUGAAGAGCGAAUUAAUUCUAUGACUUCUCACUUCAAAAACGUUAAACAAGAGCUCUCAAUUACACAGUCUUUUUGCAAAGCGAGGGAGCGUGAGACUGAAAGCGAAGAACAUUUUAAGGCCAUUGCGCAAAGAGAACUAGGACGAGUGAAAGAAGAAAUUCGAUGUCUGGAAAAUGAGAUGGCCUCAAUACUGGAAAAGAAAACUGACAAAGAAAAUGGCAUAUUUAAAGCCACUCAAAAACUGGAUGGUUUGAAAUGCCAGAUGAACUGGGACCAGCAGGCACUGGAGGCCUGGUUGGAAGAAUCAGCUCAUAGAGAUAGUGAUGCACUCACGCUUCAGAAGUAUGCACAACAAGAUGAUAAUAAAAUCAGGGCACUGACUCUGCAAUUAGAGAGACUAACUUUGGAACGUAAUCAGAAAAGAAAGAUACUUGACAAUGAACUUACAGAGACUAUAAGUGCACAGUUAGAAUUGGAUAAAGCAGCGCAAGAUUUUCGUAAGAUUCAUAAUGAAAGACAAGAACUCAUUAAACAGUGGGAGAACACAAUAGAACAGAUGCAGAAGAGGGAUCAAGACAUCGAUAACUGUGCUUUGGAAUUAGCAAAGAUAAAGCAGGAAACAAGAGAAAAAGAAAAUUUGGUUAAGGAAAAGAUCAAGUUUUUGGAAAGUGAGAUUGGGAAUAACACAGAGUAUGAGAAAAGAAUUUCUGUGGCUGAUCGUAAUCUCUUAAAAUACAGAAUGGCGUAUCAGUACCAUGAAGCUGGUAGAAUCCAGCUGAAGGAUGAGCUGGAUUGUUUAAAAGCCACUGUGAAUAGAACUUCCAGUGAUUUAGAAGCUCUGAGGAAAAAUAUUUCCAAGAUAAAGAAGGAUGUUCAUGAAGAAACAGCAAGGUUACAAAAAACUAAAAAUCAUAAUGAGACAAUAAAAACAAAAUUAAAGGAGAUAACUGAGAAAACCAUGUCUGUAGAAGAGAAAGCUACCAAUUUGGAAGAUAUGCUAAAGGAGGAGGAAAAAGAUGUGAAGGAAGUAGAUGUUCAACUGAACCUCAUAAAAGAUGUGCUGUUUAAGAAAGCUCAGGAGUUACAGACUGAAACGAUGAAAGAAAAAGAGGUUGUAUCAGAAAUUGAAGGAACUCGUUCCUCUCUGAAACAUCUCAACCAUCAGUUACAAAAACUGGAUUUUGAAACCUUGAAGCAGCAAGAAAUUAUAUACAGCCAGGAUUUUCACAUUCAACAAGUGGAACGGAGAAUGUCACGGUUAAAGGGAGAAAUUAAUUCAGAAGAAAAACAAGCCCUUGAAGCAAAAAUUGUUGAACUUAAGAAGUCUUUGGAAGAGAAAAAAUCUACAUGUGGCCUUUUGGAAACACAGAUCAAGAAGCUUCAUAAUGAUCUUUUUUUUAUCAAGAAGUCAAACAGUAAAAGCAAUGAUGAAAAACAGUCCCUUAUGAGCAAAAUAAAUGAACUAAACCUUUUCAUUGACAGAUCAGAGAAAGAACUUGAUAAAGCCAAAGCUUUUAAGCAGGAUUUGAUGAUAGAGGACAAUCUUUUAAAACUUGAAGUUAAGCGUACUCGAGAAAUGCUUCACAGUAAGGCAGAAGAAGUUCUUUCCCUGGAAAAAAGAAAACAGCAAUUAUACACAGCCAUGGAAGAGCGAACUGAAGAAAUUAAGGUUCAUAAAACAAUGCUUGCAUCACAAAUAAGAUAUGUUGAUCAAGAACGGGAAAACAUAAGCACUGAGUUUCAUGAGCGGCUAAAUAAAAUUGAUAAGCUGAAGAACAGAUAUGAAAUUCUGACUGUUGGUAUGCUGCCUCCUGAAGGAGAAGAGGAGAAAACACAGGCAUACUAUGUAAUCAAGGCUGCUCAAGAAAAAGAAGAGCUUCAAAGGGAAGGUGACUGUUUGGAUGCUAAAAUCAACAAAGCUGAAAAAGAAAUCUACGCUCUAGAAAACACCCUGCAAGUUCUCAACAGCUGUAACAACAAUUACAAGCAAUCUUUAAAAAAAGUAACUCCAUCCAGUGAUGAGUAUGAGCUACAAAUUCAACUAGAAGAACAGAAAAGAGCUAUUGAUGAAAAAUACAGAUACAAACAAAGACAAAUCAGAGAACUUCAAGAAGACAUCCAGAGCAUGGAAAAUACAUUAGACGUUCUAGAACGUUUAGCAAAUAAUGUCAAAGAAAAAUUAUCAGAGAAGCAGGCUUAUUCAUUUCAACUAAAUAAAGAAACGGAGGAGCAGAAGCCAAAAUUAGAAAGAGUGACGAAACAGUGUGCAAAACUCACAAAGGAAAUCCGUCUUUUGAAAGACACAAAAGGUGAAUCACUGGAAGAACAAGAUAUCAAACUUCGUGAACUCAAACAGUUUCACAAGGUUAUUGAUGAAAUGUUAGUUGGUAUCACAGAAGAAAAUGCUGAGAUCCGCAUUAUCCUUCAAACAUACUUUGAACAGAGUGGGUUAGACCUACCUGCACCUAGUACUAAAGGCAGUCACCAGAGUUCCAGAUAUCCUUCACACACUUCACUACCAUCAGUAAGGUCAUCUAGGAGGACAAGUACACCUACUUCUCAGACUUCAGUUAAAGUAUUAGAGCUUAACUUCCCCGCCUCCUCUUCACUAGUAGGCAGCCCUUCUAGGCCAGCUAGUGCUAGUAGUAGCUCUAGUAAUGGUAAGAGCAAAAAGAGCAGCAAAUAAACAUUUUAAUCUCUUCUGAAAAAGUUGUAAACACAAAAACAAAAAUAUCAUACUUUAAAAUACAAAAUGAUCCAACACAUUUUAUCUAGUGGAAAGUGUAAAAUCUUAGUAAAAAGUGUAACAACUGAUAGUUUUUUUUUUUUUUAAAAAAAGGAAUGUUCUCUACUGUUUUCUUCAAACUGAAGAACACAUUAAUAGCAGAUUCUUGUCAGGCUACAGGUUAUACAAGCAUAGGGAAAACCCUGUAUUUCAAUGUAAUUUUGAUGUUCGUAGUGUUAGAAAAUAGUUUCCUUUAUUAUUUCACAAACUACACUCACUUCUAAUGUAACAAUCUUUCAGGAAGACAUUUCUAAAGAUUUACUCUACUAUUAUGAGCUUAUUACAAUGUUAAAAUCUCACCCUGUAAGACACCAAAAUUAGCUUUUAUUCAAAGUAACUAUUUCUCAGACUUUUGGGAAGAAAAGCUAUUAAAGGCAGUUUCUUCUUUUGGUAUAAUUUUUAACCAAAAAAUAGCAUGAACCCCCACUCUCCCCCAAAAAAUCCAAUUGAUAAGAAUACUGUACAUCCAUUUUAAAAUGCAGCUUAAAUUUCUAAAAGUCACUUCAUUCUGACCUUGAAAGAAAUCAAAAGCAUUAAAUAUUUCCUUACAGAUACAGCCAACCAAGUAUAAAAAAUACAUUUUUGAAACGUUAUUGAUUUAAUAAACAAUUUAAUGAAAACUAGAUAUGAUUUGAUUUGCAAUAGAAAUUUUUUAAGUUUACAGUUGGAGGUAGACUGCCAAAUUUAGUAGUUUUUCCAGUUAACACUUCAUUAUAACAUGUGCCCAACACUUUGUACUCUUGGAAUAGAAUGUGGAAUAUAAAACUGGAUUUUAAAUAAAUGUAUUAGAAUUCA